CGUUUACCUGUGUGCUUUAGAAAGCCCAUCAUUUGCCUAUGCAGAUCAGGAGCUCAGUCUGGAAGCCACUGCAGAGUUUUUCCUGCCUAUAAAGCAUAUUGGUUCCUGAAAUAACAGUGAGCACCAUGUGAGGAGAAGCUCCAAAAGGCAGCAAGGAGGCAGAGGAAGCGAAGAGAGACACCGUCCCCGUCCAACCUUGGAGUGGGGGGAAUGCCAAAAUGUCCGUGCUUACUCCUAUCCUGAGCCCUCCUAAGGUGAAGAAGUACAUGAUUGAAGGUGAACGCUUUAUCAGGUGGGAUGAUGAAUCUGCAAAUGCUUUUCCUAUCAUUCUACGGGUGGAUCCAAAGGGAUUUUAUCUAUAUUGGACAUUUCAAAAUAAGGAAACUGAAUUUUUGGAUAUUACAAGUGUCCGAGAUACUAGAGUGGGGAAAUUUGCAAAGAUUCCUAAAAAUCACAAGCUCCGAGACGUUUUCAAGUUGGAUUUUCCAAACAACGACUUUCUUCACAAGAUAUUGACUGUGGUUUCUGGUCCUGAUAUGGUGGACCUCACAUUUCACAAUUUUGUUUCUUAUAAAGAAAAUGUUGGAAAGAACUGGGCAGAUGAUAUCAUGGACUUCGUUAAGAACCCCUUUAUAUAUAAUGCUUCCCGCUACACUUUCCUGGAGAAAAUUCUGCUGAAACUGAAGCUGCAGCUGAACGCUGAGGGGAAAAUUCCUGUCAAGAAUAUUUUUCAAAUGUUUCCUGCGGACAGAAAAAGGGUAGAAGCAGCAUUAACUGCCUGCCAUCUUCCAAAGGGAAAGAAUGAUGGCAUCAACCCAGAGGACUUCCCUGAAACAGUGUAUAAAACAUUCCUGAUGAACCUCUGUCCUCGGCCCGAUAUUGAUGAAAUAUUUACCUCACACCAUUCAAAAGCCAAGCCAUACAUGACGAAAGAUCACUUGACAAAAUUUAUCAACAAGAAACAGCGAAAUUCCCAACUCAAUGACACACUUUUCCCUCCUGCCAAACCAGAUAGAGUGCAGGGCCUCAUAGAAAAAUAUGAGCCCAGUGGGAUGAAUAUUCAAAGAGGACAACUGUCUCCUGAAGGAAUGGUUUGGUUCCUGUGUGGUCCUGAAAACAGCAUCGUAUCUCAAGACAAACUGUUGCUGUACCAAGAUAUGAACCAUCCACUCUCCCACUAUUUCAUCAGCUCAUCCCACAACACUUAUCUAACAGCUGGACAGUUUUCUGGAAUCUCAUCUCCUGAAAUGUAUCGCCAAACUCUCUUGGCCGGUUGUCGUUGUGUGGAACUUGAUUGCUGGAAGGGACGUCCUCCAGAUGAGGAACCUAUCAUCACCCACGGGUACACUAUGACAACUGAAAUACUGUUUAAGGAUGCAGUUGAGGCUAUUGCAGAAAGCGCUUUUAAAACCUCUCCCUACCCCGUAAUCCUGUCUUUUGAGAACCAUGUGGAUUUGCCUAAGCAGCAGGCAAAGAUGGCUGAGUACUGCAGGACCAUCUUUGGAGACAUGUUACUGACUGAACCCCUGGAAAAAUAUCCACUAAAACCAGGAGUUCCACUUCCAAGUCCUCAGGAUCUCAUGGGGAAGAUCUUGAUUAAGAACAAGAAGAACCAAUUCAUGCCUGGGGAGAACCAAGAUAUUCUGAAGAAGAGGAAGAGUUUGGAGGAUGAAGUCACAGACCAACCCCUACCUAUAGAAAAGGAUAGCACAGUCAAACCAAUUGAGGAGGAUGAAGAAGUUCCUGAAGGAGAGAGAAAUUUGGAAAACCUAAAUGAGGAAGAGAUUAAAAAGCUACAGUCUGAUGAGGGAACUGCAGGUCUGGAAGUGACUGCUUAUGAAGAAAUGUCCAGUCUGGUGAAUUACAUUCAACCCAUCAAAUUUGAAAGUUUUGAAAUUUCAGCACAGAAAAACCACAGUUAUGUCGUUUCCUCCUUCACUGAAUUAAAGGCUUAUGAGUUGUUGACCAGGUCACCCAUCCAGUUUGUAGACUACAACAAAAGGCAGAUGAGCCGAAUUUAUCCCAAAGGGACUCGGAUUGAUUCAUCUAACUAUAUGCCACAGAUGUUCUGGAAUGUUGGGUGUCAAAUGGUGGCAUUAAACUUUCAGACAAGUGAUGUCCCCAUGCAGCAGAACAUGGCUCUCUUUGAAUUCAAUGGGCAAAGUGGCUAUCUUCUCAAACAUGACUUCAUGCGUCGUCCAGACAAACACUUUGAUCCUUUUUCAGUGGAUCGCAUUGAUGUAGUCGUGGCAAGCACUUUGUCAGUCACUAUCAUUUCUGGGCAGUUCCUUUCAGAACGCAGCGUGAAGUCCUAUGUAGAGGUAGAGCUGUUUGGCCUGCCAGGAGAUCCAAAGCGUAGAUACAGAACCAAAGUGACACCAAGCGCCAACUCAAUCAACCCUAUAUGGAAUGAAGACCCUUUUGUGUUUGAAAAGAUUUUGAUGCCAGAGUUGGCUUCUCUCAGAAUUGUAGCUUUGGAAGAAGGUGGGAAGUUUAUUGGUCACCGCAUUAUCCCAGUUACUGCUGUGUGCUCUGGUUAUCAUCAUGUUUGCCUUCGUAAUGAGAGCAACCGGCCUCUUACAAUGCCCUCUCUAUUUGUCUAUGUGGAGAUGAAAGAUUAUGUUCCUGAUUCAUGGGCAGAUCUCACCAUGGCUUUAUCCAAUCCAAUAAAGUUUUUUAAUGCUCAUGAUAAAAAGAUGAAGAAUGCAGAUGCUAAUAAUGAGAAAUCCAUUUUGGAAAUGAAUCUUUCAGUCAACGGGAUACCUAACAUCAUAGGAAGUUAUUGCACUCCUUCAAAUGGCCCUGCAGGAACCUUGAUUACAUCAAAAGAAGGGACCAUGAAAGAAGCUGCAAAAUUAACUGCAG